AUGGCUUCUUUUGAUCUGAAUGGCAACUGGGUGUUGGACAAGGCCCGAUCAACCAACCUAGACGCUGUCCUAAAACUGCAAGGAAUCGGGUGGAUAACAAGGAAGGCCAUUGAGGCGUCGAAGAUGACACUGAAAAUCACCCAGAGCUCAGAGACACAUAGCUCGACAGGGGAAGCAGCUGAAUGGAUUACUUUUGAGGCUGCCCUGACCAGUGGUCUGAAAGGGGCACCGGAGAAGCGACCAUUAACGUGGACCGAGUUCGAGCACAACGACACGAUCUUCGGUCUUGUUUACAUCCGCAGUCACUACAUUUCCGGAGAAAGGACUUCACACGGAGUCCGCCCCCUGAUUGAGCUGCAGACCAAGGAUGUUGGGUCGGGCAUUCUGUAUGGCUUGACUGAAGCCAUCGCCGUGGACCAUGAAAGUGAAACCGCUCAGACGAUUGUCGAGAAAGCUUUCAUUCACGAUUUUGUUCGUAGUGUUCAUUUUGGAUGGACGGCUGAGCAGAUCUGGGCUGUUGAAAUAGUUGGUGAGGACAAGUUCUUGACACGCAGGGCUGUGGUUGUGAAAGGCACGUCUAUUGAGUCUGCCUGCACUUUUUAUAAACGUGAAUGA